AUGUCGAACGAUCGCAACGCGCAAGAAUUGCUCAAAUGGGGUCUUGCCAACUCGGGCUCGACCGGUGUCGCAUCAUUCGCGUCGCAAUCGGUCGAGCAAAUUUCGGCCGACAUCGAAGCGGGCCGACGACCGGAUCUGGCAGACCCAAACCUGUACAACGCGAUCAUGGGCAAGUCUGAAGCACAGAUGAUGGCGGAAGAACUCUCGGUCGCCAUCGACACGUCUCGCACACUCCCGGAUCGGAUGACGGCGUUGGACAACUUUGAAAUGCUGAUCGAACAGAUCGACAAUGCCAACAACAUGACGUCGAUGAAGAUGUGGUCGCCGAUCAUCUCGCUACUUUCGGCCCCCGAGGCUGAGAUCCAGACCGCCGCAGCGUGGAUCAUAGGCACCGCGGUGCAGAACAACGAUAAGGCCCAAAUGGCGGUGCUUGACUUUCACCCCGUAGCCGCCUUGCUCGAUCUACUGCACAGUCACGUCGACGAGGUGAGGGCCAAGGCAAUGUAUGCGCUCAGUGGUCUGCUCAAGCACAACCCGGCUGCGAUGCACCAGUUUGAUCAACUCGACGGAUGGAACAUGCUCAACAUGGCCUUGGUCGAUCCGAAUCUGGGCCUAAGACGCAAGACGGCCUUCUUGAUCAAUGCACUACUCUUGCAAGACCCAAACUCGUUGGAUUCGCAACCUGCAUCUACCAGCACUGCUACCGCGAUCGCUCCUGUCUCCUUCACCCCUCCCACCCCCACCGCGCCACCAGCACCACUAGAACGCGGGCCAGAAACGCUCCGAACCUCGAUCCCGCAUCCUAACGUCGCGCGUGCGCUCGUCCAGUCCAACAUCAUCAACACCCUCAUCUCCUCGCUCCUCCCUGCGCACACCUUACCCGACACACUCUCACCCCCUCCCACCGGCGCCAACGGCGACUCAGACGCGCGCCUCGACCUCGACUUUGCCGAAAAAUCCGCCGCCGCCAUCCUCACCUUCACCACCAAACUCCCACCUUCCCCCUCACACCCCCUAGACCCCACAACCAUCUCCCUCUUCAAAGCGCUCCUCGUCCAGCUCCAAGCCAAACCGCUCGACUCGUCCGACCCCGCUUCCACACGAUGGGCCGAACUAGGAAUCCACGCUCACGACUUCGACCAAUUCAAACACAAGAUCCACGCUUUGUAA